CGGCGACGGACGGUGCACCCACCGGCACCUAAUCUGGGCACCGGUGGAAGUCAAACAGAAAACCAUCAGCACUCGGCACCAAGUGCCCAUAAAUAGCCCAAAUAUUGGCAAGUGAUACCAACACUGGAGGGGAAUUAACCCAUACAACGAGCUACUUGCAAGAAACAAACAAAUGUCUUCCUCUAGUCAGUUUAGUGACUGUGACUGGUUUUACCACAUUCCUCGGAAACCAAACAAAACUGAAAAGAACCAAGUGCAGCUUCCACCCACUUCCCAGAUCCCAGGUUUGAGUGACCUUGCAGAACCUCACAAGGAGAUCACUUUUGACAGCCGCAGAUUGUGGAUUAGGGAUACAGAUUCAGAUUAUGUAAAGUUAGCCAAACAAGGAGGCAGGGCAGAUUUGCUGAAGCAUUAUUCUCCUCCUCUAAGGAAGUCACCCCCAAUUCCCUGCUUACAACCAGAAUGGUUCACACAUGCACCACCAUCCACCAAGACCAAGGAGGUCCCUAAAUGGUAUUUGCCUGAGUACAUGGUUCAUGAGGAGUUUAUUCCAAGCUCUUCUGACAACAAGUCUGAAAGAAUACUUCAUGAUUCUGAUAAGACAACAUUGGAAAAAGAGGCAGAAGACAACGAGAAGGAAAAUGAAGCAAAAGUAAAGCUGAAGUUGCCAGAGAUAAUGGACAAGAAGCAAAGAAACAAAUGGUUUACUAAGAAAACUGUGGAAGGUGAAAAUAGAUUUCCAACUAUGCCAUUACCAAAAAAAAAUGAACCUAUAAAUUUCACCAAGUUAAUGACGAACGGGUAUGCUGAAGACUUGAUCCAGCAGCAAAAGGAGUGGAAGAAGUUACCACCAAAGAUUAAAGAACCUGGAGACCUGGUUCCUCUCAACGAGUUCCAGGAGGAGUUAGGGAAAAAAGAGCUUCUUAGAAAUGCAAAACCAAAGGAAAGAAAAGCUAUUUCCACAAAAAUGGGCCAAAAAGUAUCCUUCAGAGAUCCCAUGGCUAAAACAUCACUUAUUCUGAACAAAUUCAAAGACAUGCCAAUUUGAACUGAGGCCUGCAGACAAGAUGUGAAAAUGUACACAUUGUGAAGAAAUCUACCAUCACAGGACUAAACAAACACUUUUAAUGAAAAAGGGACAGCUGCAAGAUAAAAGUGACUCUUUACCAGCUGUUGGAUUGAAAUGUUAUAUUUUUGUAUAAUUAUAUUUAUCCCUCACAAUGAUAACAACUUUGUUUCAAUUACUUUACACCUAAAGGUGACAAUUUAACUCUUAUUGUUAAUUCAACUACAUGUAUAAUUAAAUACCCUUAAACAACAAAAGAUAAAAAACUAAUUUGAGCACUAAGUUUUAACAGCAAUUUACAUAAUAUGGAAAAACUAUGUUGAUGACGACUGGAAUGUCUUUCACACUUUAACUGAAUAGAAAUAUUAAUAUUCCACUGUAUGUCAAUGAAAAUUUAUUAGUUAAAGAGCAGAAAUUCCUGACUUCUAAGAUCAGUGAAAAUUUGUAGGUAGCAUUAAUUUUAUAUUAAAAUACAAUUAAAAACAGGUGUUCAUACACUGAUUCAAUGAUUUUUAUAGUUAUGCUUUUCAAAAAAUA